AUGGCCUCCCCCGAGUCGCUCACUCAGGUUCUCAAAUCACUCUCCAUCACUCCCACCACGUCUGUGUCGCAUGGGGAGACGACUUCUCCUGCUGCAUGGCGAGAGGCACUCCAGGGCACACAGCAGGUCCCGAACGACUUCGAACUCAUUAAGACGCUGGUGUUCAAGCCCAAGACCGCAAAAUCUGCUACCCCGAUUCCCGUGGUUGUAAUCGCACGCGAUGAGACCGAGACCAACUCCAAUGCUCUUGGGAAAAAGCUGAAUCUAAAAGAGCUCAGGCUCGCGUCGGAGGAUCUGCUUUCCGAGUUCUUCUCACUCAAUAAGGACUCUCUCUCUCCCCUCGCUUUGGACGCACAGACAUUCCCGAAGGUCGUCACUGUUGUUGAUGCUUCUCUCGCUACCUCUACGGCCCCACUGGCCAUCCGAGCAUCUUCCUCAAGCUCAACCCUAUUCCUCUCCGGAAGAGAUAUCCUUACCUACCUUCGCACGCUCGAGACCGCAGAGACCAAACUGAUCGAAGUGGAUUUCGCAGCUCUGAAGACGGAGGCUGUGGGUGGUGUGACUGCGCAGGCGAAGACAGAGAAGAAGGAAAAAAAGGAUAAAAAGUCGGAGAAAGAGGAGGCGAAGAUCGAGGGCGCUGUGCAGGUUGCUAUCGGGGUGAAGAAGGAGGUUGAUUUUGCGGCAUGGUAUACUAAUGUUCUCCUCAAGGCAGAUAUGAUUGACUAUUACAGCGUGAGCGGAUGUUACAUCCUCAAACCGUGGUCAUAUAGUAUUUGGGAGAUUAUCCAAGAAUGGUUCAACUCAAAGAUCAAGGAAAUGGGCGUCGACAACGCGUCUUUUCCCAUGUUUAUCUCCCAGAAAGUAUUAGAGCGUGAAAAGGACCAUAUUGAAGGUUUCUCCCCAGAAGUUGCGUGGGUUACACGGGCUGGCCAAUCGGACCUCGAGGAACCCAUCGCUAUUCGCCCCACGUCGGAGACUGCGAUGUAUCCUUACUACGCAAAAUGGAUCAAGAGCCACCGUGACCUUCCCUUGAAACUGAAUCAAUGGAACAGUGUUGUCCGAUGGGAGUUCAAGAACCCUCAGCCUUUCCUCCGCACGCGUGAAUUCCUUUGGCAGGAAGGACACACUGCGCAUCUGACAAAGCCUGAGGCUGAUACCGAAGUGCAUCAGAUUUUGGACCUUUACCGCAGGGUCUACGAAGAGCUCUUGGCUGUCCCCGUUAUCCCUGGCAUAAAGUCGGAGAAGGAGAAGUUUGCCGGUGGAUUGUACACCACGACUGUUGAAGGCUUUAUUCCAACCUCCGGGCGCGGUAUUCAGGCAGCCACGUCUCAUUGCCUGGGGCAGAACUUCUCAAGGCCGGAGAUGUUUAACAUCUUCGUCGAGGAUCCCAACGACCCGACUGGUCAGGGCAAGACCUAUGUUUGGCAGAAUAGCUGGGGUCUGUCAACGCGCACGAUUGGUGUCAUGGUCAUGGUACAUGGCGAUAACCAAGGUCUCGUCCUUCCCCCGCGCGUUGCGAGCGUGCAGGUCGUCGUCGUCCCAUGUGGUAUCACAGCGAAGACAAGCGAGGCGCAGAGGACGGAAAUCAACGACAAGUGUCAGGUGCUUGUCGACACUCUUAGAAAGGUGGGUGUGCGCGCCAAGGCAGAUUUGAGGGACGGGUACACCCCUGGAUGGAAGUUCAACGAGUGGGAGCAGAAGGGAGUGCCCUUGCGGUUGGAGAUCGGGCCUCAGGACUUGGUGAAGAAGCAGACACUCGGUGUCCGCCGAGACACAGGCGUGAAGGCACCUCUCGCUCUGGCGGAGUUGGACAAAGCCGUUCCGGCGUUGUUGGAGACCAUCCAGCGGGAGAUGUUUGAGAAAGCUAAGGAGACCUUCACGUCCCGUACCAAGGAAGUCACGAAAUGGGAGGAAGUGGUUCCGACAUUAGAUGACAAGUGUGUCGUGGCCUUGCCGUGGUGCGAGGUGGAGGAAUGUGAGGACGAUAUCAAAGAGCGCAGUGGCCGAGCUGCGGAGCCCCAGGACGAACGUGCCCCUUCUGCUGGUGCCAAGUCACUUGCAAUUCCUUUUGAUCAGAGCCGUUGGACGCCCAUUGAGCCUGGCAAGACCAAGUGUCCUGCGUGUGGUCGUGAUGCGAAACGGUGGACCCUGUUUGGCCGCUCGUAUUAA